AUGCAAGAGGCCGCAAACUAUCAGCGAUUGGCUUUGACCGGUGUCCAUCCUAGCUCCCGCCUGUUUCCGUAUGCCAAGUGCGCCACCAACGCCUGCAUUUCGUUUUGCAACUUGUGUGAAGAAGGUGGAGAUCCAAAGCAUUCGGACGAAGCUAUUACUUUUGGCUACGAAGCUUUGCGAAUCUUUCCUGAACAGGCGGAAGAAAUUCCCAUCGCUUUCGCCGCUCUCGGCUGGUCUUACCGUCUGCGAUAUUCGCUGAGCGGGGACGACAAGGAUUUCAAACACGCUAUCGGGUUCCUCGAACAGGCUUCCGAUGCUUCCAAGAACAGGCCCAUCCCUUGGGCAAAGCACGGGAUGCCUGACCUUUAUCGUAACUUCACCUGUGCUUAUGGGCAGAAGUUCAGGCGAGAUAGAGAGCGAGCUGACCUUGAUCGCGCGAUUGAGUUGGGUCAAAUAUGCGUUGACUCAAGCCCAUUGAUCAGCCACAAAGCGGCAUAUCUCUCGUACCUAGGCGAACUGCUCCUUUAUCGAUACGAGCUGAGCGGAAAUCAAGAGGACCUCAUCAAAAGCACUGCAGCUGCCGAAACCGCUCUGGAGCAGUCAUUCAACACUGGUUAUCAACGUCCUGCGAUAUUGGUCCGAUACGCUCGAACGCUUCGGCGCCUUUUCGACGCGAUGGCUGAGCCGAAGCAUAUCGAGCGUGCAAUCACUUAUGUCACUGAGGCGCUGGAGAAAUACUCGAAUGUCUCCUUUGCCCAUAAAACGCCUUAUCUAUCGGAAUUGGCUGCAGCGUAUCAAGCCAGGUUCAAGAAGUUCGGGGCCCGCCGGGACCUUCUAACCGCCUUGGAUACGUACGAGAUCGCCUCCACAAACCUCAGUGCUGCUGUGAAAGAUCGCAUUGAGGCUGCAGUCGCCGGCGGGAUGCUGGCAUACACUACGGGAUGCGUUUGGGCAGCGGCAAAGGGAUACUGCGUCGCCGUCGCGCUUCUUCCUCGGUUGGCAUGGGUAGGGAUGAACACUCGCGACCGACAGAAAAAAGUGACCUUUGCGUCUGGAGCUCUUGCUUGUAAUGCUGCGGCUGCUUCAAUCGAGAUCAACAAUCUCCAGCAUGCAAUUGAACUACUUGAACAUGGUCGAUCGAUGAUAUGGAGAUCUACAGUGACGAGCAAAAAUAAUGACACGUCGCGCAGAAAGGGACCCUCGCCGUUUUUGGUGGGAAAGCCCUAUCGGAGAUAA